AUGAAUAUUGAUAGGCCCUGGUUAGUUGCUGGGGAUUUCAAUGAUAUUGCUUAUGCUAACGAGAAGAAAGGUGGGAAUCGAGUAUCCACAUGUAAAUGCAGUAUCUUCAGAGAUAAUAUGGAGGCAUGCAACCUUUAUGAUCUUGGUGCCAUGGGGCCGAGGUUUACUUGGAGAGGGCCGAUAUAUCAAGGUGGUCAACGAAUUUUUGAGAGGCUAGAUAGAGUUAUCAGCAAUGAAAGGUGGAGGUUGCUAUAUACUGAUGCUCAAGUUAAGGUUUUAACAAGAUUUGAUUUUUUGGAUCAUCAUCCUAUCAUGGUAACACUAAACUAUAGAAACCAGGAGAGAGUUCCAAAGCCUUUUCGUUUUGAAAGUGCAUGGAUGCUGGAAAGUAACUAUAUGGAUAGGCUUAAGGGCUAUUGGAAUGACAAAGCUGAAUUUGUUCAAAACCUAAAGAAAAUUGAAGACGACGCUCAGGACUGGAAAAUAUGUUCUCUUAACCAUGUUCAACAAGUGAAAAGAGGUAUAGCUUUCAGACUUCGGGGCAUUCAAAAGAAUAUACAUGACAGACGCAAUAUUGCUGGUUUGAUGAGAUUGGAGAAAAAGCUGCAUGAGGAUCUUAAAAUCAUUUUGAGGCAAGAAGAAUUGAUGUAG